AUGGCGGCGGCGCUGCUGGUGCUGGCGCUGGCGGCGGCGGCGCCCUGCCCGGAGGCGCCCUGCGUGUGCGCCGACGCCGGCGCCCGCCUCGUGUGCCGGGCCGCCGACCUGCAGGCGCUGCCGCCGCUGCACGACAAGCUGGUUGCCCUGGAUGUGUCGAACAACAACAUCAGCGUGCUGCCGCCGGGCGCGCUCGAGUCCGCGAUCGCCCUUAGAGAUCUGAACCUAUCAGCGAAUCGCCUGGAGUUGUCUGGGGCGCUGAGCGGCGCGUCCCUGGCGCGGCUGUGGCUGGACGGCUGUGGCCUCAAGCGCCUGCCGCCCGCCCUCGCGCCGCGUCUACACUACCUGUCGGCGGACGACAACUCGCUGUCGGAGCUGGAGGGCGGGGUGUUCGCGGGCGCGCGCAGCCUCCGAGUACUGCGGCUGGCGCGGAACCGCCUGCGAGCCGUGCCCGCCGCUGCGCUCGCGCAUACCACUAGACUGCAGGCGCUGAACCUGGCCGGCAACCAGAUAAGUGAGCUGACAUCCGCCUCGCUGCCGCCGCUGCCCUCCUUACAUACGCUGUGA